AUGGCGGCUGCUGGACAAGAGAUCCGUGUACGACGCGGCAACUGGCGCGAGGUUCCGCGAGAGCAGAAGUUUGAGCUAUCCGACAUGGACCACACUAUGCCAAAGAUAUUCAUUCCAAUAGUCGAAGUAUUUGAGCUUCCAGAUGGAGCCGACAAGGAAGAAAUUGUUGCGACCUUCAGAAAAGGCCUCGAGUUUGCAUUGACACAAUACCCGGUCGUCAACGGCUCUCUUCACAUGGACGAGGGCAGUGGCCGCUUGUGGAUUGUAACAAAGCGUACUGAUACCGUGAGCCUUUUUGUAGAGCACCUCGACCGGGAUGAAGGCGAAGCGCAGCACCCAUCCUUCCAAGAACUCGCAGAGAGGCAUUUCCCAGCCUCAGAGCUACUCCCGGAGAAACUCCUGCCCAAUGUGGUCACAGAGAAGAUGAUAUUCUCGCCUGUAGGCCAGGACGCCAAAGACGCAUUACUGGUCGCUACUUUCCAAAUCACAUUCAUUAGGGGGGGCUUCAUUCUCGGCCUGGCGAUGCACCACAGCAUUACCGACGCUCCUGGCUGCGAUGGAUUCCUCACCACGUGGGCGGAGAACUCUACCGCAGUCAAGAAUGGUUCCCAUUUCAAGCCCAUCCAUGAUUCCAACCGCGACCGCUCGCGCCUCAGUGCGCCCCAGCCGCCCAGCGCUGAGCGGUGGAAGCAACUGGACGGAAAGUUCACCACGCUGAAGGAUGUGGGCGGGCCGACCCCUCCACCUCCUGCGGACUUUGUAGUGCCACCCAUCACCAGUCGCACAUGGCAUCUGAGCUCAGCAAGCCUCGAGCAGCUCAAGGCGGAUGCCUCACCAGUGCAGAGCCCGGGAAACGGCGGCGGCGAGGCUCAGUCGUGGAUCUCGACCUACGACGCCGUCAUGGCUCUUUUCUGGAAGACUAUGACGCGCGCCAAGAUUCCCUUGCUCAAGCCGUCCAUGGACGAAAAAAGUAGCAUUGUACACCCUGCCAACGCUCGCUCCAGACUUGACCCGCCACUGCCAUCACGAUACCUAGGCAACGGAUGCGCCCUUCCCCGUGCGGGGCCCUUGCGCGUAGGUGACCUCAUCGAGGCCGACUUGCGCCAGCUGGCUCCUUUGGUGCGUCAGGGCAUCAAGGAAAUAACGCCGCAGUAUACCGCGGAGAUGCCUGAGUGGGUCGCAGGCUUGCGCGACAGGCGGUGGAUAACCGUCAACAUGAACAAUUUCCUGGGACUCGACCUGGCCGGCACAAGCUGGCAGGGGAUGGAGGCGUACCAGAAGCAUGACUUUGGGUUUGGCCUACCGGUGGCAUUGAGAUGGCCAAAACCCAGUUUCGAGGGCUACGUGUUCAUAUUCCCCCAGAGAUCUGGCGUCAAAGGCGCUGCACCGGAUGAGGGCCUGGAGGUUUGCGUGUGUCUGGAGGCGGGUAGUGCAGACCGUUUAUUGAAGGACGAAGAGUUGUUGAAGAUGCAGUCAUCAAGCCUUCGACGCAAGUCAGAGCUGAGCCCCGCUGCGGCUGUGUUCCACCCCGCAGCCUCACGAACCUUUCCACUCGAGCUCAUGAGCGCGAGGGAGGUCGUUCACCGGAUUGCCGGCUUUCCGGCCGGCGCCUCCAAAUCAGCCACAAAAGCGAUACUCUGGGACAUUUUCGGGCCAGACGUUGAGAUCACCGUCCGGUCUGUAGGCAUACACCCACUGGCUUCCUCGGCUGUGGUGGCCACCGCUAUCUUCUCACCUGUGCCGAGCCAACUGAAAGGCAGCAGCAAGUCCACUAUCUCGGAAGUUGUCAGGUUCGAUGGUCAACCUUUGCAGCUUCAUCUGGAGAUCGACACAGAUUUCCUCGGAUUCACACCUCUGAACGUUGUGGAUGACUCACAAUCUGGUCAGAUUGACUGCAUUCUGGUCAGCGGGCUAAGCAGUCAUGCCUAUGGGUCGUGGAAGGAAAGGGGAGGCCGCUUCAUGUGGCCGGUCGAUACCGAGGACAGCCGACCAUCCAACGUGCGAUUUCUACUCUGGGGUUAUGACACAUCCCUCAUCAACAGCGAGUCAUUUCAGGACAUUGAAGACAUCGGGGGGAGUCUCGCUACAGCUCUUGAAGGCAUCCACCCAUCGUUUGGUCGAUACGAGAAUGGCGACCAAAAUCCAGAGUUCGAGGCGCGGCCAAUUGUCUUCAUUGCGCACAGCCUGGGCGGCUUGGUGGUCAAAGAAGCCAUCUGUCAGAUGGCUCAGGAUCCGGCCCAUUUACGAUGUGUAUAUGGUCUGGUCUUCUUUGGGGUUCCUCAUAACGGUCUCCUUGUAGAUCCUUGGCUCCGGAUCAUUGGCCAACGGGCCAACGCCGAUCUGAUCCGCAGUCUGAAGCCGGAGUCUCGCGACUUGCAGCGUCUGGAUAAAGCCUUCAGAAAGACGUUUCGGUUGCAGGGAUCACGAGUGAUAUCGGUCUACGAGACGAUGAAGAGUUCGACCACCAAGGAAGACAGCCCUGGAGUUUUUAGCCGGUCUGGUGACAGUCAAGUCCUCGUCAGUCGCAGUUCAGCAUGUGGUACUUGGCCAGAGAGUGCCAUCCAUAAACAAAUUGCUAUGAAUCGGACUCAUGAAGAUUUGCCUAAGUUUAGCGGCCCUUUUGACGAUUCUUUCCUGAGAUUGCGGCCAUUCCUUGAUCACAUAUGGGCCAACGCUUUUGAAGCGGUGCAAAACAGAUUCGGAACCAAUGAGCGUGGCAGACUGGUCGGAAGAGCACAAGUUGUGAACGGGACAGAGCCUCAGCAGCGCAAUGGCUUGAUCCAGGUGUGGCCAGAUGUCGAGUCCUAUGGCGCGUCCCCGCCGGCCACCGAAGUGGACGUGAUCGCCAUCCAUGGCCUUGGCGGGCAUCCACACGGCACAUGGACAAGCGGUGGAAAGAAUUGGCUCCGAGACUUUCUUCCGUUCGAAAUCCCAGGAGUACGGGUUUUGACUUUCGGCUACAAUGGCGUACUUGCUUUUGGCGGCUCAAGAUCGAGCUUUGGCGAAAUUGCUCGGAAUCUGCUUGACGAGCUCUUGAGGUUGCGACAAAGCGAUCAGGACCAGAGUGAUCGGAAGAUUGUUUUCAUCUGCCACAGCCUUGGUGGUUUGAUUCUCAAGCAGGCGCUUGUUCUAGCAAACGAACUUGGAGCCCAGUUCGUCACGUUUAUGAACAGCGUCACAGGAGUCUUGUUCAUGGGCACGCCUAACAAAGGCAAUCAAGUGGCCUACUGGAAACAUUUGUUCUCGAACAUUGUUGAGCUCGAGAGCCUUCCCGACUUCGAGGCCACGUCUUCGGAAACAAUGCUAUCCAUAUCAGCUGACCUUGGGAGGACGUGCUCCCAAUUUAAUGAGAAAAUAGCUCUCAAGCUUCAGAUCUUUAGUCUCUACGAGGAACUUGAGUCACAAGACACUGAGUCUUUAGUGGUAGAUCAAGCUUCCGCGAUCCUCCGUCUUCCCACAGAGACAAUUCUGCCAUUGGAGACGGAUCACAAAGGGCUCUCACGGUUUCUUACGAGCUCAUCAGCAGUUUACCGAACCAUCUGCAAGUGUCUCUCGGAGCUGAUGGAGACUGCGGACUCUUCGACCGGCCAGAGUUAUACGGAUUUUACAGUAAAAGAAUUCAUCAAGGAUCUCGAUGCUGUUGAUAACACUAAAGUAUCUCAUGCAUUAGAUCCAGCAUGGAUGAGGUCGACACGAUGGAUCAUAGACAAUACCGAGUUCAAGACAUGGAGUGGCAUUAGAAGCCAACGCGUGCUUUGGCUACAUGGUCCCCCGGGCUCUGGAAAAACUGUGCUCAUGAAAAGCAUGGUGGCAUACCUUGCUGAGCGGCAUCAAGCUUCCGAGAUUCGCAUUAUCUACAAACCCGUCCGCUUCUUUUUCGACGUCAAGGAUCCACAUCGCAAUUCUUCAAUGGCUUUUGUUAAAUCUAUCUUGGCACAGAUUAUUCAAGACGAAACGACUCGUUUCGUCUUCAAGUAUCUUGAUAGGCUGAACUACAAAAAGACCAUGGGAUCGGAGACUGAGGACGAACUUUGGACAUAUUUGUUCACCAUCGUCCAGAAGUCUAGAGGAAUUAUCUUCCAGGUUGCCAUCGAUGCUCUCGACGAAGCUUUGAGGGUCUCGUCGUCAGGGUCAACCACGAUCGUUGACAGACUUGAAGAAUUGAUGGCCAUUGACCUCAGCGGCCGUGUUAGGCUCCUCAUUUCCCAUCGCGAGAAACCUCUUGCCGGUGUGUCUUUAGCACAAGAUGCCCUCAAAAUCGGUACUCGGAAUAGGUUUACCGAGUCAAGCGUCGUUGAGUUCAUACGCAUGAAGGUACGCCGCAGUCUUGAAGACUCGGGGGUGCCGACGCGAGCCGGCGAGAGCAUCGAAAAGAAGAUUAUGGAGGUCUCGCAGGGCAACUACCUUCACGCAACAUUGGCAUGGCAGCAAUUCACUCAAGGUGUCCAGACGUGGACCAUCGCGGAGAUCUCGCUAGGUUUACGAAGGCUCGACACUCUGUCUUACGACCUCAUAUCAUCGUACUGUCAGCUCCUGAACGGCAUUGGUCACUCGUACCGACCUAGAGCUAGGACUGCCUUUGCAAUUCUUGGUGUGUGCAGGGAAAAGUUUGAUCUACGGCAACUGGCUUUUCUCGCCAAUCUUUACGAGAGGAUCCAUCUGACAGACGGGGCAGAGAAGCUACCAAAAGAUACGAUCUCAGAUCUGAUGUGCGACUGUGCUGAUCUUGAGGCUUAUUUGUCCGAAUCAUGUGGAUACCUGAUCAAGAGAGCAGAAGACGGCACGGUUGACUUUGCUCACACUUCUGUAAAAGAUUUAUUCACUGAGAACCAAUUCGGUCUCUCGCCGGCAAACACAAUGACACUUUCGGAAUAUACCAUGUCAACAAACGAUGCGCACGACAUUAUGAGACGUUUGUGCUGUACAAUUCUUCAGCUGGAGAUCGACAAUCAAAGAGUUUGGAUCCAAGUCGUGACAAGGGCCAUGAGUACGAUGGAGGAGGAGAAGGAGGCGAGGAUCCAAGAUUGGGCCCGCAGAAAAAACGACGCAGCCAAGAGGGACCUCGAACUUAAGCAAGCGAGUGUGAUCGGGACGAUUGAGAAUGAGAAAAAGAGCCAAGAGGAUGUGGUGAUCCAGAGAACUUUGAUCGAGAGUAUGAGCAGUACGCCAUGCUUUGUUUACUCCAUUUUUCACUGGUUCGAACAUUAUGAGGCUGCGCCGCCUAGCCGAAUCUCUGACCAGCAACAUGUGGAAACGCUGGUCUCUCCUGUAGGCCAAGUAAGUCACAUGCUCUGGGUAUUGAUGACCAGAAACACGGUACCACAUUAUGACUGGAACCACGCAAACUCUCUGAGACCAACACGGGAAGUAUGUCUGUACCGAAUCAUUACCAGGGGCGACCAUUCAGCCCUUGUCAGGGUCCUUAUCGAUCGAGGCGCCAAUCUCAAUUACAUCACCUCCAUCUACAUGGAAGACGACCAGCCAGAGGAACAUGGAAUCAGUCCACUUUCCUGGGCAAUCGUGUGUCAGCGCCGAAAGAUCUUGGAUGUGCUCUUGAGAAAUGAAACCACACAAGUUAAUCGCGGCCUGAGAGGGACUCCGAAACCUCUCCACUUUGCCGUCUCGACAGGAAUACCCUACUUCGUUGAAAGGAUCGUUCAGCAUCCGGAUUGCAAUGUCAAUGUCACUGAUCAUAAGGGGACGCCGUUGCACCUGGCCCUUCACCGGAUGAACUAUAAAGCAGUGGAGAUCAUCUUGGAUCAGGCAUACGUUGACGUCUGGGCCAAGGAUCACCAUGGCGAAUCCGCAUAUACUCGAGCCUUCAGUCGUGGUUUUUGGGGAUCAAUCUUCGAGAAAUUGCUUCAAGCCUCUAAAACAGAGACUCGAGAGGCUCUAGCCGAGCCCAUUCAAGGCACCACUCAGCUUUUCAUGGCAGGCACACACGGCUGGACGAAUGUGGAGGAAAUUAUCCUACGAGAGGACCUUGAACAAUUGUUUCUCAUUGACUCAUAUACCGGCAUGAGUCCCCUCAUUGCCACUGCAUAUUAUGGGCGAAAAGAGAAGCUUCUUUGGAUGCUCGAUCGUGUUCCACCCACGGGUGUGCCAUUGAGGCGAGAGUCUGACCAAUUUGACCUGUUACAUCUUUGCGCUGACCAAGACUGGGAAGAUGUGGUUAAACUUCUCCAACGAAAAUACGGGCUGAAGUCACUUGCCUCGGACCACAAGGGGCGCACGCUUCUUCACUGGGCUGUCGAGUAUGGGUGGGACAUGGAUCAUUUCAGCGUGGUGGAGAACAAGGACAUCCUCGACAGGCCGGACCGUGAUGGCUUGGCGGCCAUACAUCUUGCGAUCUUGAAUCGAGACAUGGAAGUUCUCAGGGCUCUGGUCGCCGCAGGAGCCGACUGUUUCCUCAGGGAGAAGAAUGGCAUGACACCUGCGCAUCUUGCUGCGGAUAGCGGCUUUCGCGAAGCUUUACAUCUUUUCAUUGACAUGCCGACUCGAGAAUUUGGGCGCACGCGAACCGGCGCCAGUCUUCUUCAUCUCAUCGCAUCUUGGUCCGAUGGGCCGUCAGUUCGCAAGUUUGUGUCUAGCAAACGAGCCUUGUUGGAUGUUGUGGACAAGAAAAAUUGUACACCGCUGCACUACGCUGCCAUGGUCAACAAUCUGUCUUCUGUUGAUGUACUUGUCGCCAUGGGCUGUGAUAUCAAUGCCAAGAACAGCAGCAGGCGUACUCCACUCCAUGAGGCCAUACGAGGCGGGUCUGUUGGCACGACUUUACUUCUGCUAAAGCUGGGCGCCAAUUACACUACUGUAGAUGCAUUUGGGCAGACUUGUCUGCUGAUGGUCUAUCGAUAUGGGCUCGAGAGUCUGGUCCCACGAUUCUUAAGUCUCAAAUGCAGCAUACACGCUGAAGAUGUCUUCAUGAUGACUCCACUGCAUCGGGCCUGUGCGAAUGGAAACACCUCCCUGGUCCUGGACUUGCUAAAUUUGGGAGCGAACUGGAGGCUCAAGAACAAAUAUCGUCGGACGCCUUUGGACCUAGCUGUGGAAAACCGAAAUCAUCGGGUAGUGAAGCAUAUGGUAUCCUAUCUCUGGCAGAACUACCGCCGAUCUAAGACACGCCAGCGUGUUUUCAACCGGGCGUUGAGAGUUGCAAUCCAAGAAGAAUGUGGAGUCGGUAUAGAAAAGGUGCUUCAGAAAUACAAGGCAAAGGUCGACCGUGACUCAAUAGUGGCCCAUCGGGUUUACCUCGCUGGACCGUCUCCAGAGCCUGGCGUCCUCCCACUCUGCAGGAUUCCCUUCGAAGCUAGGUUUGAACGGUACCGGUAUUGGAAUUAUCCCAGCUAUCCCAGCACGGGAUAG